AUGCACUCAUUGCAUUGUCUCAAUUCGAUCCGCAAGGCCAUGAAUCAUGAAUAUUACAUAGAGCAUGAUAAGCACAAGCUCGCACCAGGAUUACAGCAGAUCCACGUUGAUCACUGUUUGGAGCAACUUCGACAGAGCAUCCAGUGUGCUGGUGAUCUGAGUCCAGUCCCAUUGCGACCCUACGGCGAGGCACCGCACGUUAACUUGGUUGGUACUACUCAAGUCUACACUUGCAGGAACUGGAAUGCCUUCCGUCAAUUCUACACUGAGCGU